AUGAACACUAAUGAGAAACUAGAAGAGGGAUACUCAACACAACGACCUCCAAUGUUUAGUGGCAAGUACUAUUCGUAUUGGAGAAACAGGAUGGAGAUCUUCAUUAAGGCUGAGAACUAUCAAGUAUGGAGAGUUAUUGAAGUAGGAGACUUCCAAGUCACUAAGCUAAAUACCUCUGGAGAAACUGUUCCUAAGCCGAUUGCUGAAUUUGACAAAGUCGACUAUGAAAAGCUUGAACUUAAUGCCAUGGCUGUCAAAAUUCUGCACUGUGGACUAGGUCCAAACGAGCACAAUAGAGUAAUGGGCUGCAAGAAUGCGAAGCAGAUUUGGGAUCUGCUCCAGGUCACUCAUGAAGGAACAAACGAAGUCAAAAGAUCAAAGAUUGAUCUCUUAAUGCACCAGUAUGAGCUGUUCACCAUGAAGCCCUCUGAAACAAUUCAAGACAUGAUCACUCGCUUCACGAACAUCAUCAAUGAACUGAACUCUCUUGGAAAAAUCAUAACUCCUGAGGAACAAGUUAGGAAGGUUCUAAGAAGUCUUCCCCAAGAUCCCUGGAUGGCCAAGGUUACGGCUCUUCAGGAAACCAAAGACUUCACCAAAUUUAACCUGGAACAACUGGCUGGAUCUCUCUUAACUCAUGAACUGCAAUUGAAUGCACGACCUUCAGAGAAUACCAAAAAUAGGGCCCUUGCUCUAAAAACUGAAAAUGAUGAAAACUCUGAAGAAGAUGAGGAGACAACUCUAUUUGCUAGGAGAUUCAGAAGAAUGUUUAGGAACUAUAAAGAUGGAGAUCACAGAGGCAAACCAAAUCGAAAAUUCUCCAAAACCGAUACUGGAUGCCAUAAGUGUGGAAACUUGGAACAUCGCAUUAGGGAAUGUCCUCUCUGGGAUCAAGAACGAGGAAAAGGAAAGGAAACAGCCAAAGACAAAUAUAAAGAUAACAGGAAUUCAUUCUCCAAAACUGAGGUAAGAAAAGCCAUGAUUGCUGCAUGGGGAGACACUUCUUCAGAUGAGGAACAGGAACAACCCAACGGAGAAACAGCUCACCUGUGCCUUGUAGCUGAACACGAAGAAGAUGGAUCAGACUCAGAAGAUGAAUCUCUUUCUAAAUUAGAACUGUUUGACUUGCUUUCCUGUCUCACGAGUGACUAUGAGGAUCUCCUAAAAGAAAAGCUAGAUUCUGAUAAGAAACACCAGACCACCAUAAAGGAACUCACUGAGGAGCUAGAAUGGACUAAAAAUACAAACAUAGAUAUAGAAAAUCGUUUCUUCAGUCUCUUUGAUCAGAACCUCCACAUAAAAGAAAUCUGUGAAGCCUUGCGAAAUGAGAACUCCUGGCUAAAGAAAGAAUUGAUUGACCUAGAAGUAGCCAAGACUAAAACCCUUUAUAAAAGUGAACUAGAAAGAACUCAACUGGAACUAGUCAAGAUUCACCAAGAAAAGACCAACCUAGAAGAUGAAUUGGCUAGAAAGACUAGACACAGAAUAGAAGGAACACCUAAAUGGAUAGAAGAAGCUAGAACCAAACGCACAAAAGGGUUAGGUUUCAAUCAUAAGAAACGUCACCCUAGAAAGACCAGAGUAGAUCUCUACAGUGACAUAGUAUGCUCCUUUGUGGUCUAA